AUGAGUGCCAACGAUCCUGGACAUAUAAAUGAUCUUAGUAAAGAUCAAGAAGAAAGUCUUAAAAAUUUUUGGAUAUCUAUUAUUGAUAAAAUAACAAAUAAAAAUAAAAUCUCAUUAGAAGAUUUUUAUGAUUCAACAUAUGGAAAUGAAUUAUUUAACCUAUUUGCUUCUGAUAAUCCUGAUGUUGUUUUACUUCGACGACUUCGAGCAAGAAAAUGGAAUGUUAAUCUUGCUUUAGAACAACUUAUUAACACAUUAGAAUGGAGAUUUCAAUGGGGUGUUAAUCAACUUGUUGCUAAAGGAGAAUCAGAACUUUCUUACCAAGAAAUUCUAACAGGUAAAACAUUCUAUAUUGGUUAUGAUCGAUUUGGUCGUCCAAUAAAUUAUAUUUCUGUAAAGAAUCAUAUAAAAGGUCAAUUUCCAUCAGAAACAACAGAAAAAUUAACUGUACUUUCCAUGGAAAUAGGACGAAAAUUGUUACAUUGUCCUGUUGAAUCUGUAACUCUUAUUUUUGAUAUGACUGAAUUUUCAAUGAAAAAUAUGGAUUAUCAACAUACAUAUUUUCUUUUUAAUCUUUUACAAAAUUAUUAUCCUGAAUCUCUUGGUCUUGCACUUAUUGUUAAUGCUCCUUGGAUAUUUAAUAGAUGUUGGUAUAUUAUUAAACGAUGGUUAGAUCCUGUUGUUGAAAGUAAAGUUCAUUUUAUAAAUAAUAUUGAUGAAUUAACUAAAUUUAUCGAUUUAUCAAAUAUACCAAAACACUUAAAUGGUAAUAAACCAGAUUUUAAUUAUAUACCACCAACAGAACAAGAUAAUAUUAUGUUAUCAGCAUUUCAGAACGAUUUUUCUGGAAAUAAAAAAGCAAGAGAAAAUCAUCAACAAGCUUCGAUAAAUUAUCUUCGCAUAACUUAUCAAUGGGCACAGACAAAUCAUAAUAAAGAUUUAUUAGAACAAAGAAAAAAAGCAAUGGAACAAUUAAGAGAUGCAUAUGAACAACUUAUACCGUAUAUAACUACUCGAACACAUUAUCAUAGAUAUGGACUUAUUGAAGAACCAAUAUUUUAUAAAACUUAUCAACGUAUUCAACAAGAAAAUCAACAAGAAAGUGUUCAUUUUUAA